AUGACACCUGAGAAUGACCCUUCCACUGAAAAGAAACGACAAUGGAGAUUAUCGCUUCUCAAGAAUAUCGACCACCUAACUUGGCUUUCCCUAUUCCUGGUCAUCGGGCUCCCAGUCUAUUACGGAAGCGGCUACACCAUGCCGAUCUUCCUCUGCAUCAACAUCCUCUGCUUCCAGGCCGCCAACGCCGUGCCGCCCAAGAUAAAGCGCGUCGCACACCCCGUCCUCGUCUGCGCGCUCUUUACCAUACUCCUCAUCUGGGGGUUCUCCGUCUCCAGGAGCCUCACGCUGUACGAGUGUCUGAACCUCUACAAGACUGGUAAUUCGUACUUGAACUAUCUACGCGGUGCCUCGGGGCUCCCACGCCCAAGGGCGGGCGACAUCCUCGCCAGCCUGCUCGACGCCAGCAUCGUCUCCCUCGCCAUGCCGAUGUACCAGUACCGCCGAGAGCUUCGUCACUACUUUGCGCCCAUUUUCCUGCCGGUGGUGUUUCUUACCAUCCCGUCUCUUUUUGGGUACCCGCCACUGUGCUCCUCGCUCGGCAUAUCUGCGACAAUCAGCCUCGCAGUUGCACCGCGAAGUGUCACGCUCGCGUUGGCACAGCUGUCGACCGAGAACCUGGGCGGUGACACGGCUGCCAUCUAG